UCUGCUGUUUUAUGAGUUUAAAUUACAUCCAUCAUUAUUUUGGAGACUUCAUAAUAAGUUUUAAAACUAUUUUCAAAUGACUUCAGAGUCCCUAAUUAAGAAAGACCACAAUAUAGCUUACAACUAUGAAUACUUUCAGCAAGCGGACGUGUGCAGAUUGUGCUGGAAUAAAAAUGCUAUAACAGAUUUAUUUAACAAAAAUUUAAAGAACACAUCUGUCACAAACUUAGCUGAUAAAAUUAAGCAGUGCUUGGAAAUUGAGAUUUCCGAGGAUUUGUUUCCGAAGAAAUUGUGCGCGUAUUGUUGCCAGCAAGUCGAAAAGUUUUAUGUCUUUAAAGUUGUUUGCCAAGAAACCGAUAAGAAGCUACAAGAGAUUGUGCAAAUGUACCUCGAAUCAUCGGUAGUAAAAUCAGAAACCAUACCAAAUGAAGAGGAACAUAAAUUGUUUACUGAAUUUGAAAGCGCUGAACCAAAUUCCGAUAGCACAGAUGACGAUAUUAAACCUAAAAAUCGCAUAAAAAUUAACCGAUAUAAAAGAACACCAACCUACUGUAACAUCUGUAGAAAAGAUUUAGAAGACGCCAGCAACUUCAUAAAACAUAACUCAGAACACCAUGGAAUAGAAAAUGGCUUGUUCAAAUGUUUUGGUUGCGAGAAGAUGUUCAAAAAUCGCAAAGCCCGUCUCAGUCACGAGCAUCAUUUUUGCAAGGGUCUCACUGAUGGGUACAAAUGUGCCUCCUGCGGAAGGUUUCUCCCGAGUCGUCGACAUUAUGAGACCCACAUGAGGGACCACAGAGAUAAUGUAUCUGUAGACUUGCCCGAAGACAUAUUUAAGUGUAAACAUUGCUUCAAACUGUUUAAAAGUAAAGAUGAGUUAAACAAACACAUUCUUGAACAUGGUGUGGGAAAGAAGAACUUUGUUUGUGAGAAAUGUGGUCGGGUAUUUACACGCCAGGACUACCUACACAAACAUAAACUCACCCAUACGGGAGACAAGCAGCAUGUCUGUCCGCACUGCAACUUCCGAACCAACCAGAGGUCUUCACUAGUUGUUCACAUAAGGAAGCACACUGGCGAGAGGCCGUACAGCUGUGACGUGUGCCCGCAGCGCUGCGUCUCCAGCUCCAAUCUGCGAGCACACCGUCGCCGACACCUCGGCAUCAAGCAGCAUGAGUGUACAAUAUGCGGCAAACGGUUCGGUUACAAGGAGACUUUAGCGGAGCAUGUGAGUUCCGCGCACGCGCCGCAGCCGCAGCCGUGCCCGCUCUGCCCCGCGCGUUACACCCGCCCGCGCGCGCUCGUGCGACACAUCCGCGCCAAGCAUUCCCAACAGCAACAGCUGCAAUGUGAUGUACAAAAUGUGCAAUGUGAGGCGCAACCGGUGCAAUGUGAUGUGCAAAAACUGCAAUGUGAUGUGCAACAACUGCAAUGUGAUGUGCAACGAGUGCAAAAAAAUGCGCAGCAGGGGCAAUAUGAUACGCAACCGGCGCAACAAAAUAUGCAGCAGGUGCAAUGUUACACUAAGCAGGUGCAGCAGGUGCAGCACAAUGUGCAACAAGUGCAAUCACUGCAGCAAGUUUUGUUGCAAUCAGAGCAACACAUCCGAAUACCUGUUCCAGCUGAUGAUUUACAGGAGCAAGACGCUACUUAAACAGUUAAGAUAUUUUUUGAUUAUAUUUUUACUUAUCUGUAAGCUGGGAAGCCUGCAGUGGAGUCUUCCAGAAUAUUCAGUCUUUGACUUUGUUCAUAUUCUAAUUUAUGGCAACAACCUAGACUGUAGUUUAAAAAAUGUAAAGAAAAGGUUGUGACAUCAGUUAAUUUCUCACCAGACAAAAAAGAUUUCCAUACCUACUAGAAUCAUGAGAUGUCAUUUUAAAAAUCUUUGCAUAA